CCGUGUCCUCCCCGUCCCCCUUGCAGCGCGCUCCCGUGCCCGGUGUCUCCAGCAGUGCGUGUGGAUCAGAUCAGCCUCUACCUCUCUGUGUAAAGUUGAUCCUCUCCGGUGGUGCAUCGAGCUGUUUCCUGCUGUCACCUUCCUCUCUUUCGCUCCAACAUGCUGCAGACAUCAUGGGAUCUAGAUUCACCUGCUCCGAGUGGAAACUAACCGGUUUUGUUCUGAGCUGAGCUGGGUUUAUUAUUCCACCGACACACCGACACAACGCGUUAAUUGAAUUGUUUGCUGUCGCUUCAUUAAUGGACGUCAGGAGCUCCCAGUGAGACCGUUUGUGUGAUUUCUUUCUGUUGGACGCAGCUGAAGAUGGAGACGGUGAUGGAGAGAGAGUGCAGCGCGCUGGGGGGGCUUUUCCAGACUGUCAUAGGAGACAUGAAGGGCAGUUAUCCUGUCUGGGACGACUUCGUCAGCAAGGCCAGCAAGCUGCAGUCACAGCUCAGGACGACGGUCGUCGCGGUAGCAGCCUUCCUGGAUGCCUUUCAGAAGGUGGCCGACCUGGCGACCAACAGCCGAGGAGGGACCAGAGACAUCGGUUCAGCCCUCACCAGGAUGUGCAUGAGGCACCGCAGCAUCGAGGCCAAACUCCGACAGUUCUCCAUGGUGUUUCUGGACUGUCUGAUCAACCCUGUACAGGAGCAGAUGGAGGAGUGGAAGAGAGUCGCCAACACUCUGGACAAAGACCACGCCAAAGAGUACAAGAAGGCCCGUCAGGAGAUCAAGAAGAGAUCUUCAGACACUCUGAAGCUGCAGAAGAAAGCAAAGAAAGCUGAUGUAUUUGGCCGCGGGGACCUGCAGCCCCAGCUGGACAGCGCCAUGCAGGACGUCAAUGAUAAAUACCUGCUGCUGGAGGAGACGGAGAAGCAGGCGGUGAGGAAGGCGCUGGUGGAGGAGAGGAGUCGCUUCUGCUGCUUCGUCUCCAUGCUGAAGCCCGUCGUGGAGGAGGAGAUGUCCAUGCUGGGGGAGAUCACUCACCUCCAGACUCUGAACGACGACUUGAAGGCUCUAACUAUGGACCCACACAAGCUGCCGGCCUCCAGCGAGCAGGUCAUCGUCGACCUAAAGGGCUCCGAGUGCACCUGGUCCUACCAAACGCCGCCCUCGUCACCGAGCACCACCGUAUCCAGGAAGUCCAGCAUGUGCAGCAGCCUGAACAGCGUGAACAGCAGUGACUCUCGCUCCAGCGGCUCACACUGCCACUCCCCCACCUCCCACUUCCGUUACCGAGCCUCCUCUUCCUCCUCUUCCUCGGUGCUCCCCCAGCAGCCGCCGGCCCGCCUCUCCUCGGUUUCCUCCCACGACUCUGGCUUCAUCUCACAGGACGCCUUCCAGUCCAAGUCCCCUUCACCCAUGCCCCCGGAGACCUCACAGUCCUGUGUCUCUCCUCUAUCUGAGGAGCCUUCCUCUUCCUCUUCCUCCUCUUCCUCACCCUCACACAGCGAGCCCCACUCUGGGCUACAAAAGUUGUCAAAUGGUUUUGACCAUCACGCUGCCCUCUGUCUGCACGGAGUGGUGCUGCAGGCCCUGGACCCCCACCUCCACCCUCCAUACUUCACCUACUCCACCUCCACCACCACCACCACCUCUCCCAUCUCCUCGCCCUCCUAUUCGUCCGUUUCUCCCACCUGGCCGUGGUCUCGUUCAGGCUCCGGCCAAUCAGGAGACUUCCCGCCUCUCAGCCCCUCGGGGAUCGGAUCGGUCCCGUCGUCCAGAGUCCCGUCCUGGAAGGACUGGGCCAAACCGGGCCCUUAUGACCAGUCAGUGGUCAACACCCUGAAGAGGAGCCGGGACAGGAGAGAGACUACAGAUCCCAGCAGCCACCACGGCGCUGACGUCACCACACCAGGGGAUGAACCACAUGGGGUUAGAGGAAGCCACUCUGUGACAUCGCACAAGGACGACAGGGAGGCCCACGAGGAGUUGGCCCGAGCGCUGGCCCGAGGCCUCCAGCUGGACAUCCAUGGCUCCAGCAGAGACUCCCUGCAGGGCUCCAGUGGCUACAGCAGCCAGACCAACACACCCUGCUGCUCAGAGGACACCAUCCCCUCACAAGUAUCCGACUGUGACUACUACUCCGUGGGAGCGGAUCAGGACGGCGAGCAUCAGCAGUCAUCAGACUUUGAUAAAUCCUCCACCAUCCCCAGAAACAGCGACAUCAGUCAGUCCUACCGCCGGAUGUUCCAGUCCAAACGCCCGGCCUCCACCGCUGGACUGCCCUCCAACCCCGCUGCCAUAAUCACCCCGGGAGUCGCCACCAUCCGACGGACGCCAUCCUCCAAACCCAACCUGCGACGACCCUCCGGGGGCCUUAGCUUGGGCCCCAUCCCCAUUAAGGCCCCCAUGAUCCCAGUCAAGACCCCCACUGUGCCUGAUCAUCACGGUUUCCCCAGCAGGGCGGCAUCAGAGGACGGCAACGCACCACGAACCCCGCUCAGCCCUCCGACGACCCUUUUGUCACCAGGCAGCAACGGGCCACUGUCACCGAAGUCCGGCCCGUGGGAGACCCAGCACCUUACCGAGGGGUCAGAUCCUCCUACCCCGCCGCCGCAGCCCGGCGGUCGGGUGUCAGAGUGGGAGCGCCGGCCUCUCCCGGAGCUCCUGGAGGAGACGGAAUAUAGCGAGGUGGAGGAUUUUCUGGUGGCUAUCCGACGAGGCGUCAGGCUCAAGAAGACGUCGACCAACGACCGAUCGGCGCCAAUUAUUCACUGAGACUAGAAUAGGUUGGUUUGACUUGAGCCAUUUUGCGUCCCUGGCUGCAUUUCAGCAAAUAUGCUCUCGAAGGGACACAAAAUGGUCAUUAACAAGUUAGCGCAAAUGGGAGCUUAUGACAUCAAAUGGACGCUGAGGUUAGGAGGAAGUUGCCCAGAGUCUCUGAUCAAAGAUCAGUUUAGAAAUUAGCUAAGGUAAGGAAAACAACUCGGCCCCAUCACCUUUUGGCCAAAGAUAAAUUGUUUAAAUGAGGGAUGACAACCCCUUCGUUUUGGGGCAUCACAGCCUGCCUAUACAUAGUUUGAAAAUCUCUUUUCUGAACUGAUACAAACUAAAGAGAAUCUAUCAAACUAACGUGGAUAAAAGGUAGAAGUGUCUUGUCCAGAUUAAAUCAUUUAUCCAGUGACAAUGUAAACCUUUUGUUAAAUAUCAAUGAACUUGUUCAGGCAAAGAAUUUCCCCACAUCGCCACUUUUACUUGCUUUGGAAAAUGAGUGAAACCUGCAGCCUCUUGCAAGUUGAAAACUGUCAGUAUUACACUCGACUAACUCCAGUUAAGUUUCCCUACCGGUGCUGACCCGAGAUCAGUUCCCCUGGGCAACUUCCAUACGUAAGAGAAAAGGUGUGAAAGGACAACCUUGUGGAAACAAGUUAUAGCAGAAACUACUUAAAUGAAACAUUAAGUCAAUGUUAAUGCGUGUAGUAUUGGGAAGAAGUGACAAUAGAUAACGUAGGGAAAAAAAAUUCUGGAAGGAUUGAUGGAGUAUUUUCAAAAAGAUCAAAUCAUUAUUUGUAUGUACAUAUUUAUAUUUUGAUGUGUUUGUACUUUUUUUGUUUGUCAUAACGCUCCUUUUACAUCCCCCCCCCCCCGUAGUCUCCACAUCUCCACUAAAGGUGCCAAAAGCCUGAUGGCUGAAUUUAACUUAAAUAUUUAAUUGAAAAUGCUGGAUUUUUUUUUUUUUUAUGUAAAAACAUAGAUGGGGUGUUUGAUAGAGAAUAAAGACGGACUGAAAGAAAAAUCAAGCUUCUACGCAAACUGAAAGAGUAUUUGUAUUUGUUAGGGUUUGAAGAGUGUAACCAUUCACAACUAUGUUAAUUAUUACCACCGACAGUAGAUUAACCUGCAUGUUCUUAAAACGUUUGCCCCAGUAUAAACAAUCAUUUUGGCUUUUAAAUUAGAUUUAUAAGACUGUUGAGCCCAUAACAUCCCAGCAUUGGAUAUUAACAGUAGCGGAUCAUGAACUGCGGAUGCCUACGACGUGCUAGAUCAAGUCUGCUGUUAGAUAUUGCUGUAAUUUGAUUUUUAUUGUUGCAAUUAUAUUCUUUAAAGGGACUGUUUGUAACUUUUUACAUGUAUAAAUCUACCGGGUCAGAAUCCCAUGUGCGCUCGCGUGUGGCUGCGCUGUUCAGACCGCUCCUCUGCCUGCUUGUCUUC